CAGAUGCUUAAAACUCUCGAGCAUAUCAGGAACAUGCCUAGACUCGCCCUUCAAGAAAUCGACGCCUUCAAGAAAUCGACAAAAACCGGAAAAACAUUACUGGCUGAUUGAUGUUUUCCACAUGUUAUCCCUGCCGUAAUUCUCUAUACUCUGGAUGUUUAUAACCUCUGUAGUACCGACAUAGUAUUACAGGUACAAUGUACAUAGCUUUUGAACACAUUGCUUCAAACUUAGUGAUGAACACCAACCUUGAAAAAAGGCAUCUUAAGUAUCCAAAUGAUGUCCUUUGUUUUUGUAAUCGUCCCAAUCAAUUGUAGUUAGGAUUAUUUUCUUGUUUGAGUCAAUAAAAUGUGUGGCAACAUACAUACACGUACAGUUGUAGUAGUUUGGUGAACUGCCGCUAGAGACCUUUACAAUAGUAAUGUUACAAGACAGGUUACGUAACUGAUCUUGGAGUUAAAUUUAAAAAACAUCCUUUAGAAUAUCCAACUUUAGCAAAGGAUGUAGCUUAAUUCUGUUUGUUUGUCUCAAAAGCUCAAAUCAUCUGUGUUUACAUUUUAAAACACCAUUAAUUACACCCAAAAAUGUCAAAUCAGUUUUCAGAAUGCCAUGGAAAUAUAACUUAGAACAAUUAGAUGCAGCUGUUCUGUCUGUGCAAGAAGGCACGUACACGUUGACUGAAGCGUCAUGCGCUUUUGGUGUGCCAGUAACAACAAUUGGUGACCAUGUGUCAGGAAGACUGAAGGGUACACCUAAGAAAAAUACUAUAAUGACCCCAGACGACGAGGAGACCCUCAUAGCCUAUGCCAUGCUUAUGGCAGACUGGGGGUUUCCUCUGACAAGAGACCUGAUGGGGCACUUUGCCAAAGCAAUUAUGAAAGAAAGGGACCCAACUGUCAAGUUUCUUGCGUCGGAUGGAUGGUGGUGGCGCCUAAGACAAAGGCACCCCAAGCUCUCUCUAAGAAAGCCGGGAUUAAUCAAUAGAGGCAGAGCCGUCAUGGCACAGCCUUGGAUUGCAGAAUCGCAUUUUGAUUUAUUAAAAGAAACCCUCGCACUGCACAAUAUUACCGGUCCGAGUGAAAUCUACAAUGCAGAUGAGACAUAUUUUCAAUCUAAAGCAAGUGUGAAAGUUGUCGCAAAGAAGGGAAAGCAGUUCCCAUGUGAGAGGGAGGUAACAAAUGCCAACCACGUUACGGUCGUGGAGUGUGGUAGUGCUGCUGGCCAGCUGCUGCCACCGAUGAUUAUAUUCGAGGGCUGUCCCCCAGCACCAGAAGCCACACAGCAAGGGCCGGAGGACGCCCUUUAUGGCUCCUCUGAGUCGGGGUACAUAGACUCUAACAUGUAUUUGCAAUGGUUUGUCAAAAUUUUCUUGAAACACGCCCCCUCUGCCAGGCCCCUGAUACUGUUUCAACACAACCUAACAGCUCAUGCUUCCAAAGGUCUUAUUGACAGUGCUAAGGAAAACGACAUCAUUUUAUUUAAUAACUCAGCCUACACUUCUCAUUUUUUACAACCCCUGGAUCAAAUUUUUAAAGACCUAAAAUUGGAGUAUAGAAAAAUUGCAAAAUCUGCCAGUCUUUUACAGAAAAACCUUCUUAUCACUAAAGCAACUUUUCCAGCAAUUUUUAAAUCUGCACGAAGGAGAGCACUCACACCAGUAAAAGUAGCAGCAUCUUUCAAAAUGACAGGGGUAUAUCCAUUCAACCCACAGGCAAUAAAGGCUGACAAAUUCAUAGAAAAUAACAGAGCACCUAAGAAGACAAAGACAAGUGGAGAUGUGUGCAGCCUCAUAUUGGAGUGCAGCGGUGACGACGAAGAGAGAAAAGACCAAACCACUCAGACAUAUUACGAUGACAAUGGACAGCCGACAGACAAGACGGACUCGAUGACGCAAACAGACUCUACUGACACAACACCUGUCUGUUACUGUGGUCACAUAUGCAAGAAGACAAAGACAAAUGGAGACGUGUACAGCCUCAUAUUGGAGUGCAGCAGUGAUGACGAAGAGAGAAAAGACCAAACCACUCAGACAUAUUACGAUGACAAUGGACAGCUGACAGACAAGACAGACUCGAUGACGCAAACAGACUCUACUGACAAGACACCUGUCUGUUACUGUGGUCACAUAUGCAAGGUUGAGCAACACCCAAUGGUGGAGAUGGGCAGAGUGUCUCCAGCCAUCACGAAAGUGCUGAUUGUACCAGCAGAAGGGGCGCCCUUGAGAAAAAGAAGAUUUGCAACAGAUUAUAGAAGAUCUGACGUCGGACGAAUUGAUGGCAGAAAAAAGAAGAAGAGAGGAAGAAAGCCAAAGGAUUGUUGAAGAAAAGCAGAAGAAAAAGGAAGAUGCUGUUAAGUGAAGAAUGGAGGAGGAGAAGAAAAGAGCAGGCGAAGAGAGGUAGAGGAAGAAGGCUGAGGUACGAGAUCGAAAGGCACAGAAGGCCUUGGAGGUGAAACGUAGAAAAUAAUUAAGGAUGCAGGAGAAAGAGAAGAAGAGAUAAGAAAGAAAGCAGAUGAAAAGAAGGCAAAGAAAGAAGGCAUCGUAGCAGAGGGAAAUUUCUUCCUUGAAGAACCACGGGAAGGAACCGAGGCGCCAAGUACACCCUAUCGGACGGCACCGAUCUGCAGCAUGUGUAAUGGUUUGGAGCCACCAAGCAGUAGCACAACUGAGUUGGUGGAGGAGGUAUAUGAGUUUAUAUGUACAAGAACAACUCUCUUGCGCUAAAAUCCCCACAUUUUUGGACGUUUUUCUGUGUUAUAACUGCUGGCAGUUAUCCGAAUAAAAGAGAAAUAUUGGUUGAGUUCUUUUUAACGUUCAUUGUUUAUCAUUAUUAUUAUUACCACAAAAGUUUUAAACAGACAUAUGUACACGAAACAAACACACAUAUACUUGUUAUUAAUUGUGUUCAUAGCACCAAUAAGAAUUACUUCUAAGAGCCAUUUAUAAUGUAGGGCCUAAUGUAAAUAAUUUUUGUGUCCCUUGAUCUGUCUGCCGAGCUGUGGUCGUUACUGAAGAAAAGGGACUCCCGUAGUCUGUGUUUGUUUAUUUGUUUAUUGCAGAUUUGUUUUCCAAAUCAUAAUGUUUUAAUAAGAUCUGUGUGAAGUUAUUCCAUGUGUUGAACAGAGUUAUCAUUGCAGUACAUGUUUGGUUAGGAAGAUUAAUAUUACAGAUAUAGUAAUGUACAUAAAUUUGUGCCCCUUCAUUUGCUAGAUGAUUCAUGUCUGUCAUCUGUGAUUGUUUGUUUUUCUGUCACAUUGUUUUCUUGGAAAUGAUAACAUGUGUGUAUUCUUUUCUCCGUUUUGAUCAAAAUGGGGCAGUAUACUUAAUUAGGCCUAUUUUGUAUGAUUGUAGUGCAAACAUGUGGUCUUUGAGAGAAGUAAAAUCCCAUUAUGACCAGACACUAUUUGUGGGUCUUGAGUUCAUUCUCAGUACCUUUACUUUAAAAGUUUAAUUUCGAAUACCCUUUCAACAAGCAUAUAUGAUGCUUCACACACUCCAAACAGUAUUAAAAGCCGAAUUCGUGAAGCGUUUGCACUUUCUUGAAAUGAUAUGAAAACAUGAGACAACACUGAAAUAUCAAUCGAAUUGAAAAAACACAACGUAGUCUUAAAUAGCUUUUUUCACUUGAAAAAAACAAUACGUGGGGUUUGCAAAGUCAUUUACUUAAUUUUUUGAUAAAAAACAAAGUCCUUCUCACCAGAAAAUCAGCAACUUCCCAAACACCAUGGAAUGAUGUCACGAUGCACUUCCGGUUUUCGUCGAGAUCUUGAAGGCGUAAGCAUUAUUGUUUGCAGCACAUUCAGAGCGUUCUAUCUCAAAAUCUACACAAACUAUUUUAAUGAAAUUUGCAACACUUAUUCUUUACAUGAUGUCGCACCUAUGUGUGAAAUUUGAGAGCUUGAGCUUAUAUACUUUUU